AUACUCUGAACAAUCAACUAUUUUCCAAAAGCAAUAUUUUCAUUCGCUUCUAGGCUUUACAAUCUAUUUCACAGUUGAGUAAGGACAAAACAAUGGAUUUAUUAUUUAGUUCGUUGAUCUAAGACCACAGUGCAAGCCAGAUCAUCUUACGAUUUCGUAGGAAAAACAAACAAAGCUUCGAAGGUCGUUUUCAAACCUUCGUUUGUGUGCCACUACCAUCCCGGAAGAGGGAGGAGAUUACAAAUACACAAUUUAAGCGUCAGUUUAUCCGGGUUUGGGCCACCUCCGAGAAAAAAAUCGCUCUUUUACAAUGAAUUUCCAGGGAUACGGUGCACCGGCUGCGGGCGGGUAUCCAGGUGGAUUCCCUGGACAGCAGCAGGACCCUCUGUAUGGAUACUUCGCUGCCAUCGCUGGUCAAGAUGGCCAGGUAUCUGCAGAGGAACUUCAGGCUUGUUUGACUCAGGCCAACUUCUCUGGUGGCUACAGACCUUUCAACAUUGAGACAUGUAGACUGAUGAUCAGCAUGCUUGAUAGAGAUAUGUCUUGCUCAAUGGGUUUCAAUGAGUUUAAGGAGCUGUGGGCAGUGCUCAGUGGCUGGAAGCAGCACUUCAUGAGCAUCGACAGGGACAGGAGUGGCACAGUUGACCCACAGGAAAUGAGCCAAGCUGUUUCCUCUAUGGGGUACAGGCUGAGUCCCCAGGCCAUGAACUGCAUAAUUAAGCGUUACAGCUCUAAUGGGAAGAUCUCAUUUGAUGAUUAUGUCGCUUGCUGUGUCAAACUGAGGAGCUUGACUGAUCUGUUCAGAAAGAGGGACCAGGCUCAACAGGGAAUGGCGACAUUUCAAUAUGAUGAUUUCAUCCAGUGCACCAUGAGCAUCUGAGAGAAGCCUCUGGGUUCAUGCAAAGAUCCACAAAUAGAAAAAUGUAUACUUUAGUUUUCAUUUUCAUAACUUUUAUAAAAAUUGACUUACAUGUAAAUGCCUUUCUGUCAUACUUUGACAAUGUUGUAGUACUUAUGCAAUAUAAAACAUACAUUUAAACAAUAUUGUUUAAUAUAGCACAUAUUUCAACACUAUUGCAUUAUUCAUAAGACUAAGUACGCAAUGCCUCCAUACCAAUAAAAUUUAUAGACUAACCACUCAAAAUGUAACAUAUAUUCUAUAUCUAGUUGUUUUAUCAAACCAGCUAUACAGAAAUACUUGAUUUUUUUUAUUUUUAUAAUAAUGCCUUACAGUCACAGAGUGGUAGUAUAUUAUAGUAAAGCAUCAUAACCAGCAUCUCACCUCUGGAGUCUUGUCAGCAUAUAUAUAUAUAUAUAUAUAUAUAUAUAUAUAUAUAUAUAUAUAUAUAUAUAUAUAUAUAUAUAUAUAUAUAUAUCCAAUUAAUUUGUCUUAAUUUGACAUGGUCAGUAAUGAAUACUUUGUCAAUGUGAGGCGUGUUAAACUUAAGAUCCACGUGUAAGUGCUGGAAGUAACUGGAAGUAAAAGGUUUUAUUAUAUAUCACCAAAGAAUUCUUGACACUUGUGUCUGCUCUACUUUUUGACUCUGUGCAAUGGCUGUUUGAAAUGUUAGUGAGACCUGUUUGUGCAUAUUUUCAUUUACACUCAAUGAAUUCGUUUUAAAUAACACACCAUUUAAGACAUUCCCUGUUAGACUUAAUAAAUGAUAACAGAACACUUA